GUGGCGUUGGGCGUGUGGGCAUCGUUUGUCGCAAUAGAGAAAUGACAAUACCAGCCCGAAACCGGCCCGGCCCACACCGGCAACUAACGGCCUAAUCCACAGGUUCGGUCUCGGUGCAAUGCUGCCCCGAAAGCCUUCCACAGCUGCUGCAGCCAUGUUAACACUUUCGGAGUUGCAAUCUGGACUUGGGAAUCCCCUUCAACUCCUUCGAUGUCGCUACCUCGAGCCCGCCUAGCGCUCCGCCUAUUCUCACGAGCACUGCAGCCUCGCGGAGCAGCCCAGCACUUCUCCAGCUCUUCGUCUGGCCUCAGAAGGUCGUCGUCACAUCAAGCCGCAUUCUCCUACCGCCAUGCGGCGGUGGUGGGCGGGGGAGCCCUCGUACUCGGGGCUACACUCUACUUCACCACAUGGGAGGUACAGCUCGACGCGCCCCACUCGUCUAAACUGAUUCCCUACGCCGAGGUGCAGAAGCACAACACCCCAAACGACUGCUGGGUGGUGAUCGGGGACAAGGUGUAUGACCUGACCAAAUUCGCAAACAUACAUCCGGGGGGCACAGGUCCGAUUCACAAGGUCGCGGGCGCGGACGCGACGGUCAUCUUCGAGCCGAUCCACUCGCCCGGCAUCAUCGCGGACAGACUGGAGCCGUCCGCGUGCGUGGGGCCAGUCGACCCCGGGACGCUUCCGCCACGUCCAGUCAUUCCGGAAGUGGCGCAAGAAAGCGGCGUCAUCCCGCUCGAUGAGAUCAUCGGCCUUCCCGACUUCCACGAAGCGGGCCGCCGCAACAUGUCUUCCAAGGCGUGGAGUUACAUCUCGGCGGGCGCGACGGACGAGUACAGUCUCGACCUGAAUCGGCGUGCGUGGAACUGGGUGUUGUUUCGGCCGCGGGUAUUGGUCGAUGUAGCGGAAGUGGACACGCGCACAUCGCUGAUGGGAUGCGAGACCAGCUUGCCUGUGUUCAUUGCGCCGACGGGCAUGAGCAAGCUCGCCGGAAUGGAGGGCGAGCCAGGUCUAGCGGCUGCAGCGGGGGAAUGUGACAUCGUCCAGAUGAUCUCGACUAACGCCUCGGCCUCGCUCGAGGCGACAGUUGGUGCCGCCUCCGCGCCCCAGAUCAUGCAGCUGUACGUGAACAAGGACCGUGCGAACUCGGAGGCGCUACUGCGUAAGGUCACGGCUCUUGGCCUGAGGGGCGUGGUCGUGACAGUGGACUGCGCGUCGCCGGGCAAGCGGGAGGCGGACGAACGUAACCGCGCGACAGUCGAGGUGGCGAGUGGGCUCGCUGGCGGUGCCGCGGGGCGGGACAAGAAGGGCGGCGGCGUGGGGCGCACCACCGGCGCCUACAUCGACCCACGCUUGAAAUGGGACGACAUCGCAUGGAUAAGGCAACACACGUCCCUCCCCAUCGGCGUCAAGGGCGUGCAGUGCGUCGAAGACGCCGUGCGCUGUGCCGACAUGGGCGUGGACGCAAUCUACCUCUCGAACCACGGCGGGCGGGCGCUCGACACCUCCCCGCCAGCCCUGUACACACUCUUGGAAUUGCGGCGGCUGCGGCCGGACGUCUUGGAACGCUGCGAGGUAUACGUCGACGGCGGGGUGCGGCGGGGCACCGACGUUGUCAAGGCGCUCUGUUUGGGCGCACGGGGCGUCGGGCUCGGCCGCCCGUUCCUAUACGCGCUCACAUACGGCAAGGAGGGCGUAGUGCAUGCCAUCGACAUCUUGCGUGACGAGAUCGAGGUUACGAUGAAGUUGCUCGGUGUCACGCGGCUCGACCAGCUUGGGCCGCAUCUGCUGAAUACCAAGGCCCUUGAUCCUCUGGUCAUCGACAAGCUGGAGUACGGACCGCAGGAAGGGCAUUUCCCGAAAUAGCGUAGUGGCAGAGUGGCGGCUCAUAUGCAUGGCUUG